AGUGUUGCUUAGGAGUGCGCUGGAAAUAAGUGUGGGGUAGGUCUGAAAUAUUUGAUGAAACAUGGAAGUCAAGACUCCAAAACGUUUGAAAUCGAGUGAAGAAGUGGUAUCUCAGUUACACAGAACCCCAUCAACAAAUGGUACCAUGUUAUAUCCCUGGAAGUGGGUAGAAGAGUCACGCAAAAUGGAGCUUAGCCCUAACAGUGAUUGCAGCUCGCCUGAAUUUGCCGUACGCCAUGAAAGUAAAAGGGGUAGACCUAGAGCUGAUGCAAUUACAAAUUUAAUGGUGGAAGGUUCAACGUCCCCAAGUGCUAUAAAAUGUCAUUUCUGUAACAGAGUAUUUCCAAGGGAAAAGUCAUUGCAGGCUCAUCUUCGGACACACACAGGUGAACGUCCUUACACUUGUGAUUAUCCUGGUUGUACAAAAGCCUUCACGCAGAGCGGGCAGUUGAAAACACAUCAGCGACUACAUACUGGAGAGAAGCCUUUUGUCUGCUCAGAACAGGGGUGCAACAUGCGUUUUACACAUGCCAAUAGGCACUGUCCUGACCACCCCGUUGCAACGCUUCAUCGUAGUGAUGAUUUUGUUUUGCGUCCUGUUGCCUCCAAUCCAGAACAAUCUAAUGAUGUACUUCGUUGGUUGGAGAGGUAUAAGAAGGAACGGGAAGAGAAAACUCCAUCAAAAAAGCCUGACAGGAAAGCAAAAAACAGAAAGAGUGAAUUGGAGAAUGAAUCUGCACCUCCAGCACCAACCAAGAAGUCCAAGAUUCGAAAGGGCUUGGUAAAUGAACUGGAACAGCAAGAAAAUGUUCAUAAAUCCCCUAGAAAGAUUCAGUCUGCGCAUACUGUUAAGAGCUGGCAACACUCAAAUAAUGAUCUAGUUGCGGAUAUAAAAGAACCACUUACACUCCAUGAGGUAUCAGACACUGAUUCAAAUGACUUUGGAAGUGUCUACACAACCGACAUCUGGAAGCACAAAAAGCUUGAUGCAUAUCGCCAAGAACAGCCGAAGAAGCGAUGGCUACGUGAAGCUUGCCAAGAUCAGUCACUUUGGGGUGAAAAGCAGGAAUUAGCUCAACCCUUACAAUGGAAUGACAAAGAUGAAGUUGACAGCAGCAGUUUGGUUUCUGUUGAUGUUCCUUCAGGUUCAACAGAGAAGGAUGCCAAUCUGACAAGGCCCACAGUUCUGAUGCUGGCUUGUAAGGAGGAAGAUUCAGAGCUAUCUGAAGAGAACUGUCUCAAUGAUAGGUAUGUGUCCUGGCCAUCAGCGACAGAAAAUAGUUUACCUCCUGAGGAUAAUUUGAAGUGGAUGGGUGCAAUGGCGCUCAUGCAAUUGGCAAAGACGGAAGGCGAGUACAGUAUUGAAUAUGGAAGCACUCCUCUAAACUUAUCGCAGCCUCAUUAUACUCAGCUGUAGUUAUAAGCAUUAGGCCUGUGAUUUUACAUUGUACAAGUAUUAUAACAUGACCGGUCUACUUAGAUAAAUUUUAUUGUUUUGACACUCCAAACCCCAUCAUUAAUUUUGCUGUUUAAUGAUGCUGUCAGUAUUGCGACUAUGUAGCGUCAAUAAUAUGAAGAUUAAUGAAUAUGGUGCAGUUGAUGGAAAGAGAAAUGGCAGGGAAAAGAAGUGCCUUGAGAAACCCUGCCCCAGUUCAACCUUGUCUGUCAAAAAUCCUGCAUGACCUGCCUUGGGAUUUAUCCCAGGCCAGUGACUACCUAAGCUUUGACACCAUUCACUCUCUUUUAUUAAGUGUGUGUACAUUACAUGAUAUAUGGGGUAUUUAUGAGAUAACAACCGUUUUCCAUAGGCUGUCAUGGGGGUUUCAGAUAGAAUAAAAAGUUUGAGUCUAUUUUCAGAAAUGCUUCAAUGUGAGGUGUAUAGAUAAUUGCAUUUUCUAACGUCUCUAAGAACAAAGAGGAAUGAAUACCAUUACAUGGAUGUUUUUAUUAUAUCACAUUUCCAGGCAAAGAAUGACAAAGACUUUUUGACUCAUUCCAUCUUCCCCUUACAUGAAAGCUAAGCAGCUUUCAUGUAUGUGUGUUCAUAUACGUAAAAAAAAAGUAAAGUAAAGCUAUCCCUGUACCAGGCUGUUGAGG